AUGGAUGACGUUCAUAGUACGGCUAGCAGCACACGUAGUGAUGAAAAGCGUAUUAACGGUUCAACGAGCCUUUUGGACCUACCACUGGCCCCACCUCCACCUCCUCCAGUUGACGAUGAAGGCUACACGAUACGGGAACACGAAGACGCCAAAGAGGACACGAAUUGGUCGUCGUGCAGUAGCAGUGAUGAGGAUGAAAACGCUUUACAACAGUCGAAAAUCCGCAGCUUGACGAUACGACCGGCAGAAUCGGCAAAAACCAUGAAUGCGUCAGUGGACGAGUUACGGGAUGCUAUCGGACAUAUCAAUAUAUGUAGAAGUAAUACUUUUGAUAAGGAUCCUUGGUCUGUUGGAUCCAGUCGUCCGCCGUUAUUCUCGCAGUCUUUGACCGGUGGCAGCCUAAAACCAUUGCGACCAUGUCAUACAGCUGAUGGUCGGUUUCGAUCAAAUUUCAAUGAAUCUGAUUUCGGCAAAAGCAACAUGCCAAUGAAUUUCUCCGCCUCCAUGGGUCCUAUAGCUGGUAUGGCUAGAGCACGGCCGCGAAGUAAUACUCCCACCUACAACACGUCAUUUGGUGCAGGUGCUACCCUCAGGAAGGAUUCCGUCGGUUCAGUAGAAUGGGGAUCUUCCUUCGCGAUCAACAAUUCUGAAGGAGGUCAAAACUUGGGCGAGUCGUCGUUCAAUCUUUCUCAGUCAACAGCGAACCUCAUGCAAGCAACAAUAAGUGAGCAUCGUGUACCUGUUGCGAUGGCUGUCAAUGAAUAUUCCCAUGUGUGGUUCAAAAGCGCCAAUGUUGAAGAGCGUAUAACUAGAACUUUUGGUACGGUGUUGAUCUCGUUCGCUGCCACAUCACUGCCGCUUCUGACGGACGUGCAUUCUGAUCUUGAGCCGCUUCGAUUCGAUCUUAUUGAUGCUGUUAUAAUUAAGUCUAUAGUCCCAAAUAAGCAGCUUCUCCUGCCCGAUUCUGUUGCUGCACAACAUGGUCCCACCUAUCACUAUCAGUUCGAUCGCCUAGGCCUUGCUAAUUGGUUACUUGCUCAACAGAAAGAAAAGCCUACAGCGGCGUUCUUCAAUGCGGAGGUUCUGCGAUAUGAAAUUCAAGAUCAAGAAAAUGCUGUUCAACCUCCUCUCCUGUUAUCCAAUUACUGGAAAUGCGAAGAAGAUCAUACAGACGUGCGGGUAGACUACCAUCUCAAUCCUCAAUGUUCAAUAACAACUCCGUUACUGAAUUUGGUUUUCACAACUAAGGUCUCAGGAGAAGUCAGUAGCGUCACAUCCGAUCCACAGGCAUCCUGGACAGCUGAAAACAGUGCAUUGUCAUGGUCUGUAACUGAAUUGUCACGAUAUGGUGAUUGUUCGGGUUCGUUGAAAGCGCGGGUACAUCUUGCUGGAGGCGGCCCAUCACAGCCGGCCCACGUUCACGUGCAGUUCCAGUGCUCGGACACGACUAUCUCAGGUGUAAAUGUGUCCCUCUCGAAUUCGGACACAUACCACUUAUCGAUGGUCCGACGAAAAGUUCUGGCUGGAAAGUACUUCAGUGAACCGGAAAUCCGGAAAUAG